GUGGUUUUAGAUGGAGCCAUCUCCUCUUUGCAGCUUGCCAACUUGACUUCGCACACAGAAUACCUGGUGUCAGUGUUUGCUCUUUAUGACACUGGUGUGGGAGAUGGUCUGAGAGGCAUCACCUCCACACUGCCGUUGUCUCCCCCCGCUUCCCUGCGUGUCUCCGAGCUGAGUCACAACAGCAUGAGGCUGAGCUGGAAGGUGGCCCCGGGAGCCACUCACUACCUGGUGCUCUGCUCAGCAGCCCCCCGAGGUGCCGAGGACUAUACGGUGGAGGUGAAAGUGGCCCAGCCUGAGGUUCUGCUCGACAGGUUGUCGCCCAGCACGGAGUACUCGGUCGCGGUGUAUGCGAUGUACGGGGAAGAGGCGAGUGAUCCAGCCAGCAUCCAGGAAACCACCUUGCCCUUGAGGCCUCCCAGGUACCUGAGUUUCUCCGAGAUCGGCCACGCGUCCGUCAGGGUCAGCUGGGAGGCUGCGUCUCCGGCUGCGACGGCUCAUCGCGUGUCCUACGCCUCGAGCAGAGGGAGCAGCACUGAGGUUGAGGUUCCUGGCACUGCAUCUUCCACUGUCCUAAAACCUCUCUCCUCGCUCACCCAAUACUUCAUCAGCGUCAGGUCUACGUAUGAUGAAGGCGACUCCUUUCCCAUUACUGGCAAUGUUACCACAUUAAAGGUCCCCCCGCCACGUGCACUGAAGGUGACCGAGCUCUCGGGAAACAGUCUCCAGCUGCAGUGGGAAGCUGUCGCUGCUUCGGAUGUGGUUGUCUACCAGAUCAGAUGGAGUCCCCUUGGUGGAGAGAAGUCUCAGGAGCUCUCUGUUGCUGGAAACGUGGCCACUGCCGUUCUGCCAAGCCUGCAGAAGAACACGGACUACAGGAUAUCCAUGUGGGCCUAUUACAAGGAUGGUGCUCGAAGUGACACAGUUUCAGUUCAGCACAGGACCAAUUCCCGGGAUCCUCCCACCAACCUCUUCAUUGACUCGGAGACGCCCACCAGCCUCCAGGUCCACUGGGACCCUCCCGAUGGCCGCAUCCAGCACUACAGAAUCAUCUACAGCCCUGUUUCUGAUAACCGCGCUCAGCAAACAGUAAUGGCUUCUGGCAAAAGCAGCAGUGUCACCCUGCAGUCCCUGCUGCCCGACCGAGCCUACAAGGUGACCGUUUCUGCCGUCCACAACACGGGCGAGAGCGAAAGCAGGUCCACAACAGGCCGAACGGCUCCUGUAUUGUCCAAGCACCCUUCCAUACGAGGAUUUGUUCCACCUAAAGCAGAGGCCUGCCCCAUCAUCAGCUCUCCUGAAGGCUCGGUACGAGGAUUUGAUAUGAUGGAAGUUUUUGGAUUGGUAGAAAAGGAAUAUGCUUCCCUUAAAGGAGUAGCUAUGGACCCUUUUGUAUUCAGCGGCUCCCGGACCUACACUCUGUUCAAAGAUACUCAGCUCACCCAGAGAACCAGUGACGUGCACCUCUUUGCUGUCCCACCUGAGCACACCAUCAUCUUCCUCCUCCGCCUCCUCCCCGACACCUCCAAGGAGCCCUUUGCAGUGUGGCAAAUAACAGACGAGGACUUCCAGCCCCUGCUUGGUGUUAUCCUUGACUCCAGUAAGAAAUCCUUGACCUAUUUCAAUCAUGACUACAAGGCUGAUUUACAGGAAGUCUCCUUUGACCAGCAGGAAGUGAAGAAGAUUUUCUAUGGGAGCUUCCAUAAGGUGCACGUGGCUGUGAGCCAUUUCAAGGUCAAACUCUACCUGGACUGUAAGAAAAUAGCAGAGAAACCUCUCAACACCAUCGGGAGCAUCUCCACUGCUGGUUUCAUCAUGCUGGGAAAAGUGACAAGGACAAGAGGGCCAAGGAGCGGGUCUGCAUCGUUCCAGCUGCAGUCUCUGCGGAUUGUGUGCAACAGCUUAGGGGCGGAGGAGGACAAAUGCUGUGAUCUUCCUGCUUUGAGGGAUGAAGAGACCUGCCCUACCUUAGCUCCUGCCUGCACCUGUACAUCUGGUCUCCCAGGCUUGCCAGGACCUCCUGGGCCCCCUGGCAGCCCUGGAAGGAGAGGACCCCAAGGCGAACAAGGGGAGCCAGGACCCAAGGGUGAACCAGGCCCACCUGGACAAGUGGGACCAGAGGGUCCUAGUGGCCAGCAAGGCUCUCCAGGUUCCCAAGGGAUCACAGUUCAGGGACCUGUGGGACCGCCAGGAAUUAAAGGAGAGAAAGGAGAUACUGGAAGUCCUGGCAUGCAGGACAUUCCUGGUGUGCAGGGAGCUCCAGGCAGGGACGGUCUUCAGGGUGCAAAGGGGGUGAGAGGGCUAGAAGGCACAGCUGGGCCUCCAGGACCACCUGGACCAAGGGGUUUCCAAGGAGCGACAGGCUCACGAGGUAGCAGUGGAGAGAAAGGACCUCCAGGUGACGUUGGGCCAACAGGGCUUCCAGGUCCAAAAGGAGAAAGAGGAGAGAAAGGGGAACCACAAUCCCUGGCCACAAUUUACCAGCUUGUUAGCCAGGCUUGUGAGCGGAUGAUUCAGACUCAUGUGUUGAAGUUUGAUUCAUUCAUUCAUGAACAUGCGAGGAAACCGGUUCCUGUUUGGGAAGCAAAAUUAAAACCAGGAGAACCAGGACCACCAGGUCCUCCAGGUCCCCCUGGGAGCAAUGGAGGAAGAGGAGAAAAUGGCAUCCCUGGGCAGCCUGGCAAAGAUGGAUAUCCUGGAGAAAGAGGCGCACCAGGGCCCAAGGGUGAAAAAGGGAUGUCUGGAGCCAGCGAGGAGGGAAUCCAAGGACCCCGAGGCAGAACAGGCCCACCGGGAGAAAUAGUGCUGGGGAAACCAGGUCCAAAGGGUUCCCCUGGAAAUGCUGGUCCUCAAGGCUUUCCUGGUAUCAGAGGGCAUCCUGGACAGCCUGGAUAUCCAGGGGGUUGUGACAUCUCUGGAUGUUAUGGGACAGGUAGGAGAGAUUUCAUUCCCUGAUGGCUGAUGCAGAGGCAGCUGAGGAUAGUGCUUUGCCCUGGCAAUCUCUGGGUGAAGGCUCCACGUACUCUAAGAAAAGCAGGAAUCUGAACAUCGAGUACAUUGUUGGCUUGUUUGUUUUCUAAACCUCCCAUCAUUUCUGUAAUUAUGUGUCAAUCAAACACUAGGGCCACCAAGCCAGACUGCAUGCAGAUGAGCUCCAGGCAUCCUUCUCUGUUCUCCUGAUUGGCAUCGGACAGCGGCAGCAUU